CAAUGAGCACUAUAAAGAAUGUUAUUGAUUUGGAUGAUAUGUUCUACGAAAGUCUAUCAUUAGGACUGGCAAAGAAAUUUGCAGAUUGCAUUCCACGCAUUACUAAUGUAACAUGUGAAAAACGAUUACCGUGUGAAAAGGCACAGGUUACAGCCUGGGAGUCACGGCAUAAUAUAUAUCUACCAGAUGAUAUGAAGCGGUUUUAUUUGUCUACCGAUGGAUUUAACUUUUACUGGAGUUAUCAGUAUUCUCCUAACGAUAUACGUCGUGUGGGGCAUAUACAUUUCCCACAUUUAAUUCAGAUAACUCUGGUUCGAGAUAAUAUUGAUACAAUCCUUAGUUCCAGUCCCAACACUGCCGUUACGAUUCCACCAAUAAUUCGUCAAUCGAACUACAUAGAUUCGUCUUCUGGGUAUCUGAAUCAUUUAAAUCUUAACUCUCGCAGUAAAAUAUUUGAACUGAGCACUAUUACUGACCUGGCAAAGGUUUGCCUGGUUUAUGAAACUCCAGAAUCAUCAAAUCCUAAAAUAUUCCUGCUGGAAAUGGGAACAUUUAAAUGGCAAUUCUUGGCAGACACCUUCACGGAGUAUUUGCGCAUGAGCAUAGCGCAUCUUGGCUUACCAUAUUGGGAGUUGUGUUUCUCGACCUGUGGACUGCCUUCCUGGACAGAGCAGCUCUUUUUGCUGCUUGCUCCACAUUUAUUGGAGAAAAACGAAAACCGUAGGCUGAAGAAUAUCGUUUGCGUCAACGAAAAUCCACCGUAUAAUGUACUCGAUCCUGCCGUUUUCAGAACCAAACCACGCUGCUCUAGACAAAGUCAGAAAAAUCGAAUGAACAACUAGGUGGUACCUAUAUAUGUACAAAAAGGUCCUAAAUAAGUUUAUUUUCUACAAUUAGUUCACAAUA